AUGGCAACCGUUCGGAUUUGCAUAUGCGGUGAUGAAGGGGUGGGGAAGAGCUCCAUCAUCACCUCGCUUGUCAAAGAUGUCUUCGUGACUGCAAAGAUCCAGCCCAUCCUCCCGCAGGUGACGCUGCCCCCUACGCUCGGAACGCCCGACAAUGUCACCACCACCAUCGUCGACACCUCAGCGCUGCCGCACGAACGCUCUGCUCUCCGAAAAGAGCUUCGCAAAUCGAACGUCAUACUACUGGUGUAUUCGGACCACUACAGCUAUGAGCGGGUUGCGCUGUUCUGGUUGCCAUACUUCCGCUCGUUGGGCGUGAACGUGCCGGUUGUGCUGUGCGCAAACAAGUCCGAGCUGGCAUCGAAUGGGUCGACAUCUCAGGUGGUAGCUGAGGAAAUGCUGCCGGUGAUGAACGAGUUCAAGGAGAUUGACUCUUGCAUACGGACAAGUGCCAAGGAGCAUCACAACAUCAACGAGGUCUUCUUUCUUUGCCAGAAAGCCGUGACGCAUCCCAUCGCGCCUCUCUACGACUCGAAGGAGAAUGCGCUGAAGCCUGCAGCUGUUUCAGCUUUGCAGCGCGUCUUCCACCUGUGCGACACGGAUAAGGAUGGUUAUUGGAACGACCAGGAGAUUCACAACUUCCAGCUCAAAUGCUUUGAGAAGCCUUUGGGUGAGGAUGAUCUAUCAAACAUCAAGAAGUCAAUGGAGCGGUUCGCGCCUGGCGCAACCGGGGAGCAUGGCAUGGACGAACGCGGGUUUCUCUUAUUGAACAAAAUCUUCGCAGAGAAAGGCCGCCAUGAGACCAUCUGGAUCAUCUUGAGGAAGUUUCACUAUACUGAUAGUCUCAGUUUGCAAGACACAUUCCUCCAUCCUAAAUUCGACGUCGCUCAGUUUUCGUCGGCAGAACUGAGUCCCUCUGGAUACCGAUUCUUUGUCGAUCUCUUCCUCAAGUUUGACAAGGACAAUGAUGGUGGUCUGAACGAUGGAGAACUGGCCAACCUAUUCGCACCGACCCCCGGCGUCCCUACGUCCUGGAUCGACUCGGCAUUCCCAUCCUGCACAGUGCGCAACGAAGCUGGACACAUAACAUUGCAAGGAUGGCUUGCGCAAUGGAGCAUGACCACCUUUGAGGAGCCAAAGACCACUCUAGAGUAUCUGGCCUACCUCGGCUUCGAGAGCGGCGACCGAGGAGGCACAACCAGCGCACUGAAAGUUACCAAGGCCCGGAAACGACGGAAGAAGCCCGGUAGAGUGGAGCGCAACGUCUUCUUAUGCUAUGUUGUGGGAUCGAGUGGAAGCGGGAAGAGCUCGCUUUUGUCAGCCUUCCUACAGCGCCGCUUCAGCCAAACGUACCACCCAACGAUCAAACCACGGUCAGCCGUGAACAGUGUCGAGCUGAAGGGCGGCAAGCAAUGCUACCUGAUUCUCGAAGAGCUGGGCGAGCUCGAGCCUGCCAUCCUCGAGAACCAGGCGAAGCUGGACGCAUGCGAUUUGCUGUGCUAUACCUACGACUCCAGCGAUCCAGACAGCUUCGCACACAUCGUCGAGCUACGGAAGAAAUACCCCCAGCUCGACCAGCUGCCGGCGGUCUACACGGCGUUGAAGGCAGACCAAGACAAGACGAUGCAGCGGUGCGAACAGCAGCCCGAUGAAUUCACCAGCGCACUGAGGAUGGCGCCGCCACUGCACGUCAGCACGACGUGGAACAGCAUAUCGGAGCUGUUCGUCCAUCUGGCUGAGUGUGCGACACACCCUUCGACUGCCUUUCCGAAGCAGGAAGAAGACGGGUAUGAUUAUCUGAACCUGUAUCUCGCGCUGGGCGCUGUGACGUGCGCUGUUGCCUCUGCGAUAUUCAUCUGGAAGCGCAACAGCGGGUCUUCUUCCUGA